CUCGCCUGAACGUUUUUGAGCUAUUAAAUCGAAUAUGUGUUUGUUUCGUUUCUCAAUAUUUAUCCGAAUUCGAAAUAUUUCAUUUACUUAUUAGAAAUUAUUUCGAUUAGCUUCGAUCUACAUAAAAAAUAACAGUGUGCAACAAAUAACAAUGUCGACGAUGGAAGGUUCGCUUAGUAAAUGGACAAACGUUGUUAACGGAUGGCAAUAUCGGUGGUUUGUUUUGGACGAUAAUGCUGGACUUUUAUCAUAUUACACGAGUAAAGAAAAAAUGAUGAGAGGAGCACGUAGAGGAUGUGUUCGUUUAAGAGGUGCUAUUAUUGGUAUAGAUGACGAAGAUGAUAGCACAUUUACAAUUACUACAUCAUCAUACAAAGAUGAUCCCAAAACUUUUCAUUUUCAAACACGGAAUGCAGAGGAAAGAGAACGUUGGAUUCGUGCUUUGGAAGAUACUAUAUUACGUCAUUCACAUGCUAGAUGGGAUCCUAAAAAAUCUCCACCUAGACAAGACUUUGAUCGCAAAGUAGCUGAAGCAGAUGCUUAUCUUCAAUUAUUAAUCGACCAAAUAAAAUUAAUUGAAACAAAACAGAAAACUGCUGCUGAAGAAGACGAUGAAAAGCAGGAAAAGUAUACAGUAGUUUUAACCCAAGCCAAUGCUUUACUUAAUUCUGUGAAGCAUACAAUAGUUCAAUUGCAAAUUGCAAAGAAUACAGCAAUACCUGUAAAUGGUAUAUACAGGGGACCUACUGAUUCAAUACACGUUUCAUCUGCUUUAGAUCAUGUUGCAGCUAGAGAACCAGAGGCAGUUGUUCAAACUGGAAUUGAACUAGGUUCCGAGUGUGUAGAACCAAGGGUACCUGUAUUGACAAAUGCUGUUGUAGAUAGAGAUCUUCCAGUACCGCAAUUUUCUUACUCAUCCUCGGAUGAAGAUGAAGAUUAUUACGAUGCAGCAGACGAAAUAUCACCUCCUGCGAUACAAAAUUAUAUCGCUGUUAGACGACGAGAUGGCGAACGAUCACAGGCAAACGUUGACACUAGUUUCAGUGAAAAUCGAAAGCAGCCUCCAUUACCACCAACAAAAGGUGAUGGGUCAGUUGAUUAUGAUGCUCUUUAUGAGGAGGAGAGUGAAACAGAAAUGGAUUCCAUGGAAUCUCAUGGAUCCGUUGUGACUCAUCUUUUAUCCCAAGUAAAGAUUGGCAUGGAUUUGACAAAAGUAGCAUUACCUACAUUUAUUUUAGAGCGCAGGUCGCUUCUUGAAAUGUAUGCAGAUUAUUUCACCCAUCCAGAUCAGUUUGUAAGCAUAGCAGAUAUGCCCACUCCAAAAGAUAGAAUGGUUCAAGUAGUUCGUUGGUACUUAUGUAGCUUCCAUGCAGGUCGCAAAUCAGGGGUAGCUAAAAAACCAUAUAAUCCAAUAUUAGGUGAAAUUUUUAGAUGUCAUUGGGAUUUACCCACUGACAAUGUAGAUAGCUCAACUGAUACAAAAGUAGUUGUUGAGGGUCCUGUACCUUGGUGUAAAGAAAAUCAACUAUCGUUUGUUGCGGAACAAGUUUCUCAUCAUCCUCCAAUAAGCGCGUUUUAUGCUGAACACUAUGCAAAAAAAAUUAGUUUUGGAGCACAUGUAUGGACAAAAAGCAAAUUUCUUGGAUUGAGUAUAGGAGUACAUAAUGUAGGGAAAGGUUGGGUAAAUGUAUUACAGCACGGAGAGGAAUACGUUUUAACUUUUCCUAAUGGUUAUGGUAGAUCUAUUCUCACUGUACCAUGGAUAGAGUUAGGAGGAACUGCAGUUAUACAUUGCACACAAACUGGCUUCCAAGCUACUGUAGAAUUCUUAACAAAACCUUUUUACGGCGGUAAACGUAACAGAAUUACUUGUCAAAUUACUCAACCAGGAGAGAAAAAACCUUUUCUUGUUAUAAAUGGAGAGUGGAGUGGUGCUAUGGAAGCAAAGUGGAUUGAUGGAAGAACUGAAACAUUUGCGGAUGUAAAGGAACUUCUUACACAAAGAAAAUUAGUAAAACCAGUCUGUGAACAAGAAGAACACGAAUCGCGAAAAGUUUGGCGGGAUGUUACGGUUGGAUUAAGAAUUAAUGAUAUGGAAAAAGCCACUGCUGCUAAAUGUACAAUUGAACAGAAACAACGAGAAGAAGCUCGUCUUAGAAAAGAAAAUAACAUUAAUUGGCAAACGAAGCUGUUCAAAGAAACUAAAGAUGGUGGUUGGGUAUAUGUAAAACCUCUUGCAGACAGAUUACAUCUUUCUUCUGAUCAAGCGAGCGCAACGUAAAUCCAUAGAAUGUUUUGCCGCAGUCUUAGACAUUGCACAGUACUAGAAAUUUAAGGCCUAAUUAAGCCAUGAAUUAUAAUAUUAAUUUAUAUAAUACAUUUUAAUGCUUUUCGAGAUACCUUUUUUAAGCCUAAUAACUCUAUACUAUUGGAACAAAGAAAAUUAAAAGAAAAUUAUAAAUUCUUUCCUCUAAAAUGUUGCUUUUUAUGUAAACCUGAUCGAGUACAAUAGCAACUGUUAAAAUGGUAUACAAUGUUAAGAUUUCAUUCAAGAUAUAAAAGUAUUUUGAUAGCUAGCAAAUUAUUUUUUAUAAUACAUAAUUACUGAUAUAGUCACGAUAUUAACAAAAAAAAAAAAUCGUAGUAUCGUGCCAUGUAUUAUAUGUGGACGUAGGUCUACAAAGCUUAUAUAUGUAUAUUACUACUAAAUAGAUAUGAAAAUGAUAUUCUUGACAGUAUAAUCUUUGCUAAUAAAAGAUGAAAUGUAACUUAGCAUAAUA